AUGGGCGCGGGCGAUACAAAAGCAAUUGCGGACGAGGCAAACCUUAAAUGUGGUGGACUAUUUACCAAUGCUAGCAUCUAUCAAACACACUUCCAGAGCGCCAUAGUUAAGGUCGUUGUUGGCAGUAAGCAAACAUUCUACGCACACGAAGAGAUAUUCUCGUCAGUUCUUGAAUAUCUCUACAGUGAAGAAUCCUUCCUUGCAUAUAUGGUUCUAGACCUAAAAAUGAGGAUAUUGUGUGGCCCGCUUGCGGGCGUCGACUUUCUAACGGUUGCGUCCUAUCUCCUACGAAACUCCUACGAUUCCGACGGCUCUCUAGGAACAUUCUUGUCGUCAUUUGUUACAGGAAUCCCAAAGCAAGCUUAA